AUGGCUUUCUCACCACCACAUACAACGCUUGAGGCGUACAUUGAUAUCCCAUUCAACAUAUGGCUCAGUAUAAUUCUCAUCAUCGCCUAUGGGUGUGCUAUUCGAAACCGUGGGCUGCUUUUGCUCAUAGUCCUUGGAUGCAGCACGACUAUCGUCGCAUUUGACAAAACGUCUACUGUUGGCGAAAUGACCAAAACCAUGUGUUUACUUCCGCUCGGUCUCGGCUCUGUCCUGGCAUUCCUCGUUGCGAGUCGAUCCUUUCAGACUAGAUUUCUAUCAGCCUUUACGACCUACGUUAAUUUCGCCGUGUAUGGCAACAUUGGCAUGAUGGUGGCCACCCCCGCAGACGGCACCCUUCGGGGAAUGUGUAGCAAGGUCGCUUGCGCUGCUCUCUUCAUUUGGAUCGUCCAACAAGGGCGCCGCGCUGGAUGGAGGACAAUUUUUCUUCACGACGAUUUGUUCGUUUUCACUUCUGUCAGCAAAUCUUGGAUCUUUGCACACGCGAUCUACAGAUUCGUUCUUUUAACAUUGCCGUGCUUUGGAUCUGGACGCCGACAUCGUCUUCUAGAGGUGUAUUCUCUCACUCUGACAUUCGCCCUGUCGUCGACUUCAAACCUUCCAUUCGAAUAUUGCUUUGGAAUGGCCGAUACAUUGGUCGUUCCGGCGGUUGCAGGAUGGUCGGCGAUUGCAACAACAUUCAAUCUAAUCCCACGCGAUGCGAUGAAAACCCCCAAUAACAUCGGAACUAGUGCAGAUGCAUGUCUGGGCGCUAUGUCACUGGCUGUUGCUAUGUUCGCUUGUUACAAGAUAGCUAGCGCGCCGCGUCGAGGGUCGCGAGUGGUAAAUAGGUAG